AUGAACACAUACAGCUCUGUUAAGUAUGACCGUUUAAUAUAUUUAGAUCCUUCGACUCUUAAAUUCAGGGAAGAAGAAUGUAAGAGCCGAAUAUUGCAGUAAUGCAUCAAAGACAUUAGCAAACUCCAAAAUAUCACUCUCCUGAAUCACAUUUGGAUAAUUUUGUCAAUUUGAAAACAGUAGAGCCAUCUAAAACAUAAAAAAAGAAAAAGUUAACCUAAGGAUAGUAAGGCAAACCAAAACCAUAGACUCAAUAGAUUAAGAAACCUGCAUAAUAAUCAAUGUCUGUCAAAAAAUAAACUAAGCGAACUGUUUCUCCAAAAAAAAAGAAAGCUCAUACAGUUGAUGCAAAAAAGCAACCAAAAAUCAUUAAACCAUCAUAAAAAUAAAGAAGAGAAGAAUUAGGCUUGGGUUAACUUAAUGAAAAAUAAAUCAAACAACGAAUAAGUAUUAUUCAAAUUUAAUUAGAAAAAAUCAAAUCAAAGACAAAAACAGUGGAACCAUUAUUGAAGAAGAAAAACUACCAACCAAAUCAUGAGAUUUAACAUUAUAUGACACAAAAGAAAGCUAUUGACAAUACAUCUAGCAUGCAAUAAUAAUUGUUAUCUCUAUUGGAAAAAUAAAGAAAGUAAGGCAAUCCAAUUAACAAGAUUGGAGAAUCUGGCCAAGUUGAAUGAGUCUGUUAAAGAGAUUUUCAAAAAGUGUAAAACCUUGGAGAACUCACAACCACAAACUCCAAAAGUGACAAUGAAGAAAAAGAGAUAAGAGAUACCAAUAGAUAUUGAAUAAAGGAAAUAGUAGCCAAAAUUUAAAGAAAAUAGAGCUAAGUAAGAAUCCAAAAACAACCAUAAUAAAGACUAAUUAAAAAAAUAAUAUGAAAAUCUUAAUUAUAGAUAUCAAUAACUUAAAAACCCUGAACAAAAUUAAGAAGGAAAUGAUUAAUACAUUGAAGAAAUAGAGGAUGAAGAAUAGGAAGAUUAAUAUUCUUAGAUUAGUGAAAAUUAAUUCACUUAGAUGAUAGUUGAUACUUUAUCUAAAAUACCCCCAACUUAAUUCUUGUUGGAUAAAAUACAAGAAAUACUAAAAUCAUAAAAUGAUUUGGAUCCAAAUGAACUCACUAACCAAGAUUAUAUAGUGUUGUAGUAUCAUUUUAUGAAUGAGGCUGCAACUAAGUUAUAAAGUGUUUGGAGAGGUUACUCUAUCAGAAUGUAAUUACUUCAUGAAUUGUAAGAAAUGUUAGAAUAAUAACAUGAGAAUGAUGCUUCAGAUCAAGAUUAAGAUUCUGAUGAAGAGUAACAGUUAAGAUAUGAAUCACCUUAAUUAAAGCAAGAUUAAAUUACUAGUUAAUAGCAGUAUUAAAUAAAAGAAUAAUAAUAAUAAUUGAAAAAAUUCUAAGCACAAAAUUUCAUAAAUCAAGAGGAAAUUGCUAAAUAAUAAAACAAAAUAAAAUCUUAAUAAUAAUAAUAGUAAUAGUAUUAAUAAUAAUAAUAAUUGUAAUAGUAAUAAUUAUAAUAGUAAUAGUAGUAAUUAUAGAAAAUUUAAUAGUAACAAUAAUAAUAAUAAAAAUAAUAAUAAUAGAAAUUUUAAUAGUAAUUGUAAUAAUAAUAAUAGUAAUAAUAAUAAUAAUAAUAAUAAUAAUAAUAAUAAUAAUAAUAAUAAUAAUAAGACCAAUAAUAAUAGUAAUAAUAAUAGUAAUAAUAAUAGUAAUAAUAAUAGUAAUAAUAAUUAAAAGAUUUACCAGUUUAAAUCAAAAAUAAAUUUGAAAAAAACUUAUCUGAUUAAACAGAUGAUUUAGUAAUCAUUUAGCAACCAAAUAGUCCUGCUAAUUAGGAAAUGUAUUUCUAUAAUCCUUUUGGAUAAAAUGUUCAAUAAUCAUUAGAAAAACAAAUUCAUUACUCAAAUAUCAAAAGUUCUGUUGUAAGUGAGGAAGAUUAAAAAAGUGCAUUAUCUCAUUCUGUAAUUUAGUAAAUUUAAUAAGAAUUAGAAUUAUGGAAUAGUUAGAUUGAAAAUAUUAUUAAAUAAGGCCCAGAAAAGUAAGCAUUUGCUAAUGUAAAAUAAUAAAUGUCAUAAACAAUUUUAAAUAUUGUAUCAUAACAUAUGAAAAAAUAAAAAGAAGCAAAGACACAUGAAAGAAGGGAUUCUGAAUAAUCAGUGGAUAUGAGAAUUAGAAGUUAAUUGGAAGCUAAUAAUGAAAAAACAUUUAAUGAUGCUCGCAAAAGAUUAUAAAAGACUCAAGAAUAUAGUGAUGAAAGAUUAUAGUUAUCUUCAAAGGAGAAUGAUAUCAAUCGAUCUUCAUUAAUGUCACUAUAAUCACAAUUAAUGAAGAAGGAAACUGAGUUAUUAAAUAUGAGAGAUGAAGCUAUUAACUUGAGGUAUAAGGCAGAACAGAAAAAAAUAUAAGAUGAUCCAAUAAAGUAAUAAGAAUUAGAGAAUUGGUUAGAAAAAGAAAAGGAGGAUUUGAGAAAUACAAAACAAGCUAUAGAGAUUAGUAGAAAAAGAGAAGCUAAAGCAAUUUAAAAAAUACAAAGGGAUUUAUAAAUAGUGUAGACAUAUGAUGAAAAUAAUCCAAAAUUGUAAAGUUUAAAAAAGUAAGUUGAUGAAUAACUUUGUUAAAGUAGUACUAUUAAAUCCCAAAAAUAAAUAGGAUCAGAUAUCAAGAUUAUUAAUCACUUUGAUGUUGAAUAGCAUGAUGAUCUGGAUGAAAUGCCAGAAACAUAUUCUGAGGAUUUGUAAAAUGAUAAUUAAGAUCAGAGGAACUUAAUGAGACAAAAUAUUAUAGAAUCUGAUAAGUAAAUAGAAACCUAUUAGACAUUAAGUGCAAUAACAAAUGAUAUCUUAGAUGAAAUAGUGCAAAAUUUGACAGAAGGUAAUAGAAAUUUUAUUUUAUUUUAGAAUUAUUACAUAAUAAAGAUCAUUUCGAAUUUAUAAUCUCAAAUUUAAUUAGUUAAUCUGUAAUUCCUUAAUUGCCUACUUCCAUCAAAGAUAUUAAAACUUAUAUUAAAUAGUUAUUUGAAUAUGUAUUAGAGCAUUACAAAGAGGAAUUAAUAAGAAAUCUUAAUAUACCAUAUGGAUUCACUCCUUUUAAAAGAAUGCAACUUAUACAUGGAUAUGACAAUGAUGGUGAAGAAAUAGAAGAUGAAUUUCAUUAGAAUGAAGAUGAUACUUAAAUUGCAUUUCCUUUAGACGAGAGAUUAUUUUAAGAAUUCGAAUCUUAUAGAUUAUAAUUAGAGAAUGAACCUAAUGAUAAUAUUUAAUUUGGAAUGAAAGAGUUAGAACAUAUUCAUAACAAAGCUAUAUUUGAUGCAUGUAAUGAGGCUUUGAAUUAUGAAAGGCCAAACUUUUUAAGUAAAAAAGUAAUUUUAAAAAUUAGACUCUGGUUUUCCAUAUCCAUGGGAAAAUAAAUAAGAUAAAUUAGUUAUUUAAAAUGAAGACUUAGAUAGUAUUCUGAAAAAUAUGGAAAACAAAGUGAUUAAUUGGUCUGGUACUCUUGGAGGAUUCUUGCCUGUAGAGGAUGAUUCGUAAAUAGCAGAAGAAAAAUAAGAAAUUUUAGAUGAAAAGAAUUAAUAGAUGAUGAUUCAAUAAUUACAUUAAUUAGAAAAUCCUUUGUUGUUUGAUUCAUAAUUGUCUCAGCAAAUGUUUGAUAACAUAGCUUAGAUUAGAGAUGAAAGAUUAUAUAAAAUGCUCAUUUAAGAUGUAAAUAUUUUAUUUGAUUUUAGAUAAAAGAAAGUGAAUUCCGAUGGUACUUAUUUGAAGAUGAUAGGACUGAAUUUUUAAUGGAACUUGGAGAUAUAAUAUUUGAAUAAUUGGUUGAAGAAAUGGCAUCAGAAUAACUCUAAUUAUGAA